UGGUUUCAUUUAUUUCAGGAAUCGUUGGCAUCAAUUGGCCAGGUGGUUAGUCAUGUGGGAUCUGGUGGGACAUCCCCUGGGACAGAAGCUAGUGAAGCUCCACACAACUCCCUGUUGUCAGAACUUGAUACUUCAUACCGCAUCUUAAUUGAGAAAUAUGAAGCUCUCCUGGAAGCUCGGGAGCAGCAGCAGCAGCAACAACAGCAGCAACAACAGCAGCAGCAACAGUUGCAGCAACAACAGAACCAGAGCACACAAGGGUCAGGUUUUAGCCAUGAAAGCCUUGUUCAUCCAGGAGUUGAUGAUAUGUCUGGCCCAAUGAGUUUGGUGAUGACAGACACCAUACAUGAUUCCGCCAUCACUAUGAAGUGCCAGCGGUGUCAUACCUGCACCUGUGACCUUAAGCCUUCUGUUGGUCGCCCUAAAAGCAAUAUGGAAGAGUUUUCAGAGGUGGAGACAUCAUCAUCUGGUUUUUCAGAUGGAGAAAGUAGGCUGAGUAACAAGGCAACACAAACUGGAGAAGAGACCCCACACCGUGAGAUUUUUGAUGACUUGACACCAACGCCAACUUUAUCUGCCAAAUGCUUAGACCUGAGCUCCCCUAUCAACCCAUGUGAUAAGAGAUUCCAGGCAGCUCCUGAGUAUAAAAAGCUGUUCCAGGAGAUUUUUACUGUCUUGAAGAAAACUGUAGAUGAAAAAGAUACUCAGACUCAAUCUUCCAAGACCCCUCAGGUACAAGAAAAGAUGUCGCAGGAAGUAAAUUUUAGCAACGAAGCUACUCCUAUCAGAGCUGAUGACUUCAAUAAUUCUACAGUUAUUGAAGAUUCUAAUAUGUCUCUUGAUAAAAAUGAAGACUCCAAGUCUUCACCUGCAGAAAUCUAUGACAUUGCAUCUGCUCCAGAUAAUGUAGACUCUAAACUUCAGUGUAUUGUGGAAAAGGAAAUUGCUACUGUUAUAAAAGAACUGAACCUUUCCGAAACUUCUCAGAUUUCUGAGAAUAUAUGUACAGAGGGCUUGAGUUUACAGGAGAAGAAAGAAUGCCACAUUACAGCAGAGGAUCAACGCAUUAUCCACAAGCCACCCCGGCCUGAUACCCUGGACUUGGGUAAUGGCUCACGACCAUCCAGCAGACAGAAGCGUCGUCGCCGUCACCAGCGCAUUCGCCUAGACUCCUACCAACAACAACAGUAUCAAGGUCAAUACCAGUACACUCACGGAAGCCAGAGUCUGAAUCACACUAAUCAUGGACAAUUAAGCUACAGACAACACAGAAGGGACAGAGAUUCCUAUCAGUUGCAUAAUCAGAGGCAACCACAGGAUGAAUUCCCUACCUUACAGCCACAGUCAGAAGAAGAAGUUGGCAAGACUCGAAUUGUCUAUAAUUCAAAUCGAGGUCGCUGUGAACAUCACAGAUCACGCAGACACAGAGAUCGUAGCAAUAAUGGCCAACAUCACAAGAAUCCUCAAAAUGAUAAUGGUGACAUUAAGCAACAUUCCCAAAGUGAAAGUCAAAGGCAUCAAACUUCUAACUCAGACGCGAGAGUGAAGCCAGCAACACCCAAGAUUAAUUACCCGUCCGUUGAAGUUGCGAAAUUAAGAAAACUUGAGAUGACAUACGCAGAAGCUCUGAAACACUCGUUACACAGAUCCUACUAUAAUCGUAGGUACUGAUAGAGGUCCACAUAUUCGACGACAAAAAACAUAUGACUUUUGACAUGUCAGUUAAUGCAUUAAAUGUGCAGUCAUAUUCUGUAAAGAACUGAAUUAAAUUUUAGAUAAUAGUGUUGCAAAAGCUUCAUUUGUUAUGUUCUUUGUCUUAUUUUAUUUGAUGGGUUGUGUUGUAAAUAUAAUGAUGUAUAUACAUAGGUACACUCAAGUCAUUGUAAGAUAUUAUUUCUUUGGGUAUAUAUAUAUUUAUUUCUCUUAGUGUGCCAAGUAGCAUUUAGUAGCUUGUAGUUUCUUCUGUUUAUGUCCCACUUUGUUAAUAUAUCGUUAAUUAUGCCACACCUUGUACGUCUGAUGUCUCGUCACCUCUUCCCAGUUUGCUGUUACUGGUUGUGCAUUUUGACUUCAGAACUCAAUUUAGAAUCCCUCCCCCUCUCUUUUGGAAGCUACUUUUGAGUACACUGUUAAUUUUCUCUCUAUGUUUGAGUAACCCAGUUCAUGUGCCAAAGAACAGGCUAACUCUUUAAUGCCCACAAAACUGUCACUUGGAAUCAUUUGCACGUCUCUGGAUCCAGAUUUCAAAGAGGAAAUUUACCCAAGGAUUCUGAUUUUCCUUGAAACCCUAAACACUGUAUUUUAAGGAAAACUGUUGUUUCAGUGUCACAAGUACUUGAGAGCUGGUACAGUAUUUCAUGUACUUCAAAGCUGGUAAUGUCUCAUGUGCUUGAGAACAGACCUAUUGAUUUCUAGUCUAAUCUGAAUUUUGUAAUAUAUACAGUACUAUAUAUCUAUGUUAUAGAGAAUCUACGGUCACAUAUUUGGCAACUUAUCAGAAUGUGUUCCAUUUAAUAAUUUGAUCAAGUGCAAUAUUACCAUAUUCCAGCCAGUGUUUUCAGCGACAGUUGCAAUUAUCAGUCUCAAAUGUUAAAGGAUAUUUUUUGAGCUGGAAGAUUAGAUGUGUUUGCAAAGUUUGAGUUGUACACCCGAGAACUGAUGAUUUCUGUAUUGCGUUUAUCUUUAGUUGGAGGGAAUUUUGUGUUUGAUUUAUAUAAACAAAACAGACAUGACUUUUCUGUUACGGUCCUCGAAUAAUAGUUACUUAGUCAGUUUCAUGUUUUAAUAGCAUUAAUUGAUAUUCAAUAAUUCAAUAUACUAUGUGUAUAUGUAUGUAUGUGUAGUUUGUUAUAUAUAUAUAUAUAUA